UUGCGUCUCGCAGUGAGGGCAGAGCCAUCACUAAUUAACUGAAGGAGGGAACCUGUUGAGACUUCCCUCCUCAUCUUUCCCAUUAAUCACACUUCAUUUGAUGCUGCAAGUUGCUGCUCAGGACUCGAGCACACUUCUCAGCAAAGGAGCGUCUCACGGCAAAGAAGUGGCAGGAUGUCCAACAACAUGGCCAAGAUUGCAGAUGCGAGAAAGACGGUUGAGCAAUUAAAGCUCGAGGUCAACAUAGAGAGGAUGAUGGUAUCCAAAGCAGCAGCAGAUCUGAUGGCCUAUUGCGAAACUCAUGCCAAAGAUGACCCCUUGGUGACCCCUGUUCCUUCCUCAGAGAACCCGUUUCGAGAGAAGAAAAUUUUCUGUGAGAUACUCUAAGCACGCUCUGGACAUUUACGGAAGAGCAAUGUAUUUUUUAGAUUUCCUUCUAGAUCAAUAUCUUUUAGUCUUUGUUUUCACAACUUCCUAGUUGUGUGUUUUAUUGCUGUAGCACAACUGUAGAAUUUCCAUGAUAAAGAUGGCAAUAAAGACUUUCUGCUA